GUUACAAAAACAAAAAAGAAACAGGAAAAAACAAAGAUCCACGUACAUUCGACUUCUCACCCAGACGGCCAGACCCCAAUCUUGUACAACCUAAACCCCCGUUCCGGCCAACAAAUCCGGCCACCGCCGGCGGCACCACCAUCUCUUCCAAACCUCCGAUCUCACCAUGUCCGGUACCGGUGGUCCUUCACUGAUGGACUCCCUCUUCCAACGCACACUCGACGACCUAAUCAAAGGCAUCCGUCUCCACCUCCCAGGCCCCGCCCAAUCCACCUUCAUCUCCAAAUCUCUCGACGAGAUCCGCCGCGAGAUCACCUCCACCGACCUCCACACCAAAUCCACCGCCCUCCAAAAACUCACCUACCUCCACUCCCUCCACCACUUCGACAUCUCCUUCGCCGCCUUCCACGCCGUCGAACUCACCUCCUCCCCUUCAUUCCUCCACAAAAAGACGGGCUAUCUCGCCGCCUCCUUAUCCUUCCGCCCCUCCACCGACGUCCUCCUCCUCCUCACCAAUCAGUUACGGAAAGACCUAUCUUCAACCAAUCAGCAUGAGGUAAGCCUUGCGUUAGAGUGUUUAUCGGUUAUUUGUACGCUCGAUCUCGCCCGUGACCUCACUCCGGAUAUAUUUAACCUCUUGAUGUCUAGUAAGAUAUUUGUUAGGAAAAAAGCGGUUGCGUGUUUGUUAAAGGUGUUUAGUCAGUAUCCGGAUGCGGUUAGGGUUUGUUUUAAGCGGUUAGUUGAGAAUUUGGAGACUGUUGGUGGUGCUAGUGAUAAUGGAACAAUGCUUGCUGCUACUGUUGGUGUGUUUUGUGAGCUUGCUAGGAAAGAGCCGAGGGCGUAUCUCCCGCUUGCGCCGGAGUUUUAUAAAAUUUUGGUUGAGUCACGGAAUAAUUGGGUGUUGAUUAAGGUUUUGAAGAUAUUCGCACAGCUUGGGAGGUUAGAGCCGAGGCUGGCGAAGAAGGUUGUUGAGCCGAUUUGUGAGCUUAUGAAGCGGAGUGAGGCGAAGUCGUUGGUGUUUGAGUGUGUGAGGACGGUUGUGAGUAGUUUUUAUGAGUAUGAGUUUGCGGUGAAGCUUGCUGUUGAGAAGAUUAGGGAGUUUUUGUUGGAUAGUGAUUUGAAUUUGAGGUAUCUUGGGUUGCAAGGGCUUUUGCUUGUUGCGCCGCAUCAUUUAUGGGCUGUGGUUGAGAAUAAGGAGGUUGUGAUUAAGUCUUUGAGUGAUGUUGAUCGGAAUAUUAAGCUUGAAGCGUUGCGGCUUGUGAUGUCAAUGGUUUGUGAUGAUAAUGUGGUUGAGAUUUGCAGGGUUUUGGUUGGUUACGCGCUGAAAUCGGAUCCCGAGUUUUGUAACGAGAUUCUAAGGUCAAUGUUAUCUACUUGUUCUAAAAAUGUUUAUGAAAUUAUCAUUGAUUUCGAUUGGUAUGUUUCGCUUCUCGGGGAAAUGGCAAGGAUUCCGCAUUGUCAGAAUGGAGAGGAAAUAGAGUAUCAGCUAAUAGAUAUUGGUAUGAGGGUUAAAGAUGUUAGACCAGAGCUCGUUCGUGUUGGCCGUGAUCUAUUAAUCGAUCCAGCUUUGCUUGGGAAUCCUUUCAUUCAUAGGAUAUUAUCCGCAGCCGCAUGGGUUUCGGGGGAGUAUGUUAAGUUUUCCAGGAAUCCGUUCGAGAUCAUGGAAGCUUUACUACAACCGCGGACUAAUCUCUUGCCACCAUCGAUACGAUCCGUAUACAUUCAUUCCGCGUUUAAAGUUCUGAGCUUUUGCCUUCAUUCUUAUCUUUCGUUCGAGAAAGGUGCGAGCUCUUCACCGCCGAACUUUGUUGAUAUUGAACCAGGUUUCACAUAUUCUGAAUCCGAACAAGAAUUUACCGAAACCGAUCAGGCUACAAGCUCUUCCGCUUUGCAUAAAAGGGAUACUUUUACACAGGAGUCCAUUGCUAAUGUGUUGACUCUUGUUAUUACGUCUUUAACUCCAUUGGCCGAAAGCCAUGAUGUUGAAAUACAAGAGAGAGUGCGGAACGUUCUCGGUUUAGCUCGAUUAGCACAACAAGAGAUAUCUUGUCAUAAUGACCAGAAAGAAAAGAUGGUUGAUAAAGCAGAUCUGAAAACUUCUAUUAUUAUUAGACUAAUCAACGAUGCACUCUCGGAGGAUUUUGGUCCAAUUACGUUCAGUGCUCAAGAGCGGGUGCCCGUCCCAGAUGGAUUAGUGCUUGAGGAGAAUCUUCGCAAAUUGGACAGUAUAUGUGCAGAUGUUCAGCUACCUAUAAGUGAAUCGUUUUCCCUUGUGAAACCUAAUUUCUUGCCCGCUGAUGGUGAUUCUAUUUCUAACCAGCAGAAUGAAGAAGAAUCAGAAACGUCUGCUGCUGAAUCCACGUCUCUACUUGCUGAACAUCGAAAGAGACACGGCUUGUUUUACCUUCCUUCUGAUCAUACUAAAAACGCAUCCUCGAGCUUCCCGCCCGCGAACGACCCUAAGCAAAGAGAUAAUGAUGUGGACGAUCUGGUUAAGCUUACGGAAGAAUCUCUAGUGCUAAAGAGGAAGCCGAAUCUCAGCAGACCGAGACCCGUUGUAGUCAAACUGGACGAGGGAGAUAGACUUCCUAUCGCAGUGAAGAAAACGGAUGAAAAUGAUGACUUGAUAUCUGGAGCGGUGAGAGAUGUUCUUUUAGGAAACGAAGCUUCAUCGCAUAGCAAUAAUCUGUCAGGUAGAAGAAAAGGCAAGUCACAUUCCAAGGAUAAGGUGGAGAAUUCUGAAACCGGUAGUUCAAGUAAAAGAAGAAGCAAACAUCGUAACCAUAGUAAAAACGUUGAAGAAAAUGAAAAUGGUGAAAAGGGUAAGCAGAAAAGUGGAGGCAAGCAUAAAUCUAGGCGAAGAGCGGAUGGUGGUGUUGAUGUGGCUGUUGAAAAACCAGUAAUACCUGAUUUCCUUUUGUAGUGUUUGCAUAUAUUUGAACUGAAUUUUCUCUUUAUCAAGGUCAGUUUACUUUCAAAGUUUUUUUUUUUUUUUUUUUUUACUGUUUCAUGCUGUUUUUUGUAUGCUUGUAUACCUUCUUUCUUUUGAAGAUACAACAUUUGGAGUUGUGGUUGUUUAUGGGAUUGUUUUUGUGUUUGGACAUCAUGAUGUUCAGGUCUUGUUAUUUGUAUUGAAAUAUGCCAAGCUGUUAGUAUCUUCUUGUUUUUCCUGAA